AUGGGUGAUAGCGAUGAUGAAUACCAUAGACGUGGUGGACGUGAUAAAUUCGCACGUGAGCGCAACGAUUAUCCAGACCGAAUACGACGCGAUUAUGAAUAUGAUAGACGUGGCGGCGGUAGUGGUGGCGGAAGUAAUACUUAUCAGCGAAGUGAUUAUGCGAAUGGUUCAUCAAUGAAACGCUCUUCAUCACGUCGCGAUGAUUAUGUAUCCAGCACGAAACGUAGCCGAAUUGACAGUGCGUCCGAUACGUAUGAUCCUGUGAUGAAAACAUCUGCGGACGAAGAACCAGUGCCGGUUAUGAUGACGUUCAAAAAAUUUCUUGCAACACAGGAUGAUUCAAUAACCGAUGAAGAAGCAAUUGCUAAAUAUUCGGAAUAUAAACUGGAAUUUAAGCGACAAGAGCUGCACAAGUUCUUUCUGGCACAUAAGGAUGAAGAGUGGUUCCGUCUGAAAUAUCAUCCGGAAGAUAGUGGUAGACGAAAAGCUGAACAGAAGGAAAAUGUAUUACGUCGACUGGAAAUUUUCCAAAAUCUUUAUGAUGAAGGAUGUAUUGAUAAAUUACAAAUUGAUUACGAUUAUGCUCCACAAAUUAUACGCGUCAUGGAUACACUAGUAGUCAAAUUGGAAGGUGGCACAGAAGAUGAUAUUGCAGCUUUGAAAAGUGAGAAAAUUGAUGAUGAAUCGGUUUUGGAGUUGAAAAAGCUAAAAAAUGAAACGAAGAAGAAAAUUGCUGAAAUCAACGGAGAAGAGAACAAGUCAAAACAGGAGAAAGGCGGCGAGAAUCCGAAUGAUGAUGGUGCUAUAACUGAUUCUGAUGAUGAAAAGGAAAAGCAGUGCAGAAAUGUUGGGAAUGAAGAAAGCACUAAAAAUGAAGAGGAGAUGAAUCGACAAAAGAAGAAAAUGUUGCUGCAUAAAACUUCGAGUAUUUUCCUUCGGAAUGUUGCACCAAAUAUUACUAUGGAAGAAAUUGAAACGGCAUGUAAGCGAUUCCCUGGAUUUUUGCGGGUUGGUCUUGCAGAUCCUGUACCUGAUCGGAAAUUCUAUCGACGUGGAUGGGUGACAUUCAGACGAGAUGUUAAUAUCAAAGAAAUUUGCUGGAAUUUGAAUAGCGUCCGUAUAAAGGAAUGCGAUCUUGGUGCAGUGAUCAAUCGAGAUAUAGCUCGUCGUGUACGCUCCGUAAAUGGUAUAACGGGACAUAAACAGGUCGCUCAAAAUGAUCUGCGACAAGCAGCUAAACUUGCUGCUAUAUAUGACAAAAAGAACGGUCUUUAUCAAUCAGAAAAUCAAGAAGAACGCCAAAGCAGCUUUGAAUUGGAUGUUGUAGCACAAAGUCAGAAUCCACUGCUAAAGAAUCUUACCGAUUUUCUGAUUGAAGAAGCAAAUGCUGAAGAGGAAGAAUUAUUGGGCAUAUCAAGUGAAGGUAUUAUUGAAGAAGACCAGAAAGUUCCAUUUCAACGCGAUGAUGCAUUGAUCGCACGACUUGAUCGAAUCAUAACUUAUCUGCGCAUUGUACAUUCUAUUGAUUUCUAUAAUCAUGGCGAAUAUCCUAAUGAGGAUGUAAUGCCGAACAGAUGCGGAAUGAUGCACGUUCGUGGGGCACCACCAUCUUCGUCACAGUGGGGUACUGAUGACAACGGUAGAACGCUGGUUGCGCAAAAAUUCGUUACUGAUUUCAUUGCUGGAUUCAAUAAUCGGAUAGAAACGGCUUUGAUGAGUGAAACUUCAUUGAAUGAAUUGGAAUUGGACAAUUUGGGUAGGAAAGAUACAGAGAAAGAAGUGGAAUCAUUUAUCACAGCGAAUUGUGUCGAGUUAGCGAAAGACAAAUGGUUAUGUCCAUUGUCGGGAAAAAAAUUUAAAGGACCCGAAUUCAUACGAAAACAUCUUACAACUAAGCAUGGAGAGAAGUUGGAUCAAGUUCGACAGGAGGUAGUUUAUUUCAACAAUUAUUUAACUGACUCGAAGCGACCGCAAAAUUUGGAGGUGAAACCUACUCAAGCAAGUCCGCAAGUAGCACCACCACGAGAAGAACGACGUGAACGCGAACGUGACUAUGAUGGUGAUCGAAGUCGCGCAAGUGGUGGUGGUGGUGGUAACUCUUCAUACAGCGAUCGUGAUCGUCGUGGUUAUGAACGUAAUAUUGGUGGCAGCAGUGGAGGACGAUACGCUAGCUCAUAUGGUGGCCGAAACUACGAUCGUGGAGGAACAUCCCGAUAUUGGGAAUCAUCGGGAAGUGGACGCCGUGAUCCACGUGAACCAGUCACAUAUAAAGACCUCGAUGCACCGGAAGAUAUUUUCUGA